AUGCCGAAUCAAGUGAAAGACUUACACAAGGUCGACGAGACGUCAUUCCCGUACAUCUUCGAGCAGAAUGCCACCGUAACGCUCAAGGCCGGCGACGGUCUCGUGCGAUGCAACAUCUACCGCCCAAAGUCGUCAGGGCCGGUUCCCGUACUUGUUACCUACGGCCCUUACGGAAAAGAUAUUCCCUACAAAGACUUCCACCCACAGUCCUUCUCCGAGGUCAAUGAGGAGCAAAAGUCAGAGCACUCAGCCUGGGAGACGCCAGACCCCGGCUACUGGACGCGCAACGGCUAUGCCGUCGUUCGCGCCGACGAGCGAGGCCUCGGCCAGUCGACCGGCCUGCUGGACACCAUGUCGCGAGGCACGAGCGAAGCCUUCUUCGACGUUGUCGAGUGGGCCGCCGACCAGCCGUGGUCGAACGGCAAAGUUGGACUCAUCGGUAUCAGCUACUACGCUGGCAGCCAGUGGCGCGUGGCGGCGCGCCGGCCCAAGGGCCUCGCGGCCAUUGUGCCCUGGGAAGGCAUGUCGGAUUACUAUCGCGACCGCUGCCGUCACGGCGGCAUUCUUUCCAACUCGUUUAUCAAGUUCUGGUGGAAUCGCCAGGUCAUCACGAACCAGUAUGGUCGGCCAGGCCGCAGCGCAAGGAACUGGGGCCCCGACACCAUUGAGGGUGAUCUCGAAGAGGAGGAACUCGCCGCGAACAGGCGUGAUCAGAAUACGGACAACCGCGAUAACAAAUUCCGAGACGACCCUUACUACGCCUCGAAGGAGUACGACAUGGGCGACAUUGAAGUCCCUCUGUUGUCGGUGGGCAACUGGGGCGGUAUUCUGCUGCACCUCCGCGGCAACAUUGAGGGAUAUCUCCAUGCUGGGUCGAAGCUCAAGUACUUGCGCAUGGUCACCGGCCGUCAUGAUCUUCCCUUCUACUACAAGGAAGAGGUCGAGGUCCAACGAAGCUUUCUCGACGCUUUCCUGAAGGGAGAGGACCGCGUUGGCUGGUCCGAGCCGGGCAAGGUCUCACCCGUCACGCUCGUCCUGCGCAAAGGCGAUGCUGGCUUCAAUGAUGCUGAAAAGGAAAAGAACUUCCCUCGUCGUGAGGAGCAAGAGUGGCCGAUCGCACGUACACAGUACACGCAGUUCCACCUGACGCCGGACCUCGGCUUGACGCCCGAUGCAGCGCACGAGUCCCUAAGCGACAGGGCAAAACUGUCGUACCGUGCCCUUGGGUCACUAGAUGACCAAAAGGUCGUUCAGUUUGUGACAUCGCCCUUUGAGGCGGAAACGGAAGUCACGGGACAUGUUACGGCUCAUCUCAACGUCUCUGUGACUCCGGAUCCAUCUGGCCCGACACCAAGCGAUAUUGAUCUUUUUGUGACCCUGCGCCACAUAGGGCCGACUGGUCAGGAGAUCUACUACACGGGCACCGCUGGCGACCCCGUGCCCCUGACCAAGGGCUGGUUGCGCGUUAGUCUGCGAAAGAUCAACAAGGAGCACGCGAAGCACCGUGAGUGGUUGCCUCACCGUGACUACACAAGCAAGGAUGUUUUGCCUGUCAUCCAGGGAGAAGUCUAUGCCGUUGAUGUAGAGAUUUGGCCGACCAAUGUGGUUGUCGAGCAGGGGGGCAAACUUGUUUUUGAGGUUUCAUCCGGUGAUACGCAGGGAUCUGGAAUCUUCAAGCACGACGACCCGUCUGACAGGUCACCAGAGAAGCUACAGGGUACGAACCACAUCCAUUUCGGGCCUGGAUACCAGAACUACGUUACUUUGCCAAUUAUUCCCCAGAAAUAG